AUGGCUGUCAUCAGUGGAAUGUUUCGUAUGGUGUCGGAGGAGGAGCAGGCCCUCAGGGCCAAGCUGGAGCAUCUCACAAUUAAAGACCAUGGGCCAGUGUUCGGAGCCUGUGCCCAGCUGCCUGAACACACCAUACAAAAGGCUAAAGAUGAGCUGAAUGAGACAGAGGAGAGAAAGGUCUCAGUAUUAAAGGAGCUGAAGAGCAUAAUCAAGGAGAAGGCGGACAGUGGAGAUGUCCUGGCCAAGAUGGUGCAGGACACUCUUGGUGCCAAAUCUGAUGCUCUACUCCUGCGGUUUAUUCGGGCAAGAAAAUACGAUGUGCACAGGUCCUUUGAACUCAUGAAAGGCUAUGUGCGCUUCAGGCGAGAUUACCCUGAGCUAUUUGAGAACCUGACCCCUGAGGCAGUACGUAGCACCAUUGAAGCUGGCUACCCAGGGGUUCUCCAGAGCAGAGACAAAUAUGGCCGCGUGGUGCUGCUCUUCAACAUUGAGAACUGGGACUAUGAUGAGAUCACCUUCGAUGAGAUUCUCAGGGCAUACUGUGUGAUUCUGGAGAAGCUGCUGGAGAACGAGGAGACUCAGAUCAAUGGCUUCUGUAUCAUUGAAAAUUUCAAGGGCUUUACCAUUCAGCAGGCCUCCAACAUCAAGCCAGCGGAACUGAAGAAGAUGGUGGACAUGUUGCAGGAUUCUUUCCCUGCUCGCUUCAAAGCCGUGCACUUUAUUCACCAGCCGUGGUAUUUCACUACCACAUACAAUGUAGUCAAGCCCUUCAUGAAGAGCAAACUCCUGGAGAGGGUCUUUGUCCAUGGAGAUGACCUGAGUGGCUUCUACAACGAGUUUGAAGCCGAAAUCCUGCCUGAGGAUUUUGAUGGAAAGGGUCCCAAAUAUGAUGGCAAGCUGGCAGCAUCAAAACUUUUUGACAAAGAUUAG